AUGGGCAGCACCCGGUUCGACUUAUCGUCGGGGAAUGGCAAUAACAGCAAUAAUGACUGGGGACAUAACACCAUCGACCCUUCCAAUAUGAACUUGCCUGUCAGAGGUGUUGGUCAGACCUUUCUGGAUAACGGCUCUGCCCUUCACGAACCAUGUAUGGGCGGGUAUGAACCAGCCCAACCGAAGGACGAGCGCGGUGGUGGAGGAAGUAGCACGACGAGCAGACGUCACAGCGUGAGUGCCGUCCACCCAGGCGGGCCACCAUCGUUGGGUUCAACGCCCUUGGCCACGACACCCAGGACGAGUCAGUCGCAGCAGCUUGUUCAAAGGCGUUCCGCCAUCAUCAGUCCCAGCGAAUUCAAAGCUGGUCGUACCUAUCUUUCCCACCUAACGGACCCCAGUCCCAACAUUCGGUUGGGUGAUCUGGUCAUUGUGGAGGCAGAUCGGGGAAAGGAUUUGGGCACCAUCGUCAGCUAUUCCAUCAUGCUGAAGGAAUUGGAGACGUUAGGGUCAUAUCCGGGGAUGAUGGUCUGCUGAAGCUUGGCAGUCAGCAAGGUUCUAAGGAGAUAAACCCAAAGAUGAACGGUCUAUCGGAGUUUGUUGAUUCGACGCAGGCGUUCCUAGCCAUUUGGGCAGACAGUGCAUGUAAAAGACGUGGCUGCACUGUCCCCUUUCAAUACCAGAACCCCGCGUGGGCGACCACGUAUUGAGCGGACAAUCGUUUCCGGACAUUUUACACGCUGGGCAACACCCCUCAUAUGGGAUUCGACAGAUUCCACAUACAUUGUUCUCAUCGUCGGCUGCCGCAUUAUCAUUGUGGUUGCUGUUCCCGGUAUUCCAUCACCACUGUGUGACUGCGCUCCAGUGGUUAAUGUAGACAUUCAUCGUCUAUCUGAGUAGGCUGGUGCGUGUGCGUGCGUGUAGGGUGUGUCGAUUGAAGUUAACCACAUCGUUCA